CCCCCGUUUAUUAGCUGAGCUCCUGCCCGGGCCGGCCCUCUCUUCCUGCGUGCGUGCGUGGCUGCGGCAAUACAGGGUUCGUGGGGGAGCAAGGCGGCGGCGACGAGGGUUUUGCUGCUCCCACACCGCGCGCAGCCGCGACGCGACCGCAGCUCGUCGCUGCCCCGGAUCGAGGAGGAGGAGGGGGAGGAGGCAGCGCCUGUGGUGGCUGCGGCAGCGCCGGGAGCGCCAUGAGGGGCGGCGGCCGUGGCGGCGGCGGGAGGCAGCCCUUCGCGGCGCCUGACGGGGCGGAUGCGGCGGCGAUCCCGACCGCCUCCAGGAAGAUGGUGCAGAGCCUCAAGGGGAUCCUGGCCGACCGCUCGGAAGGCGAGAUCUACGCCACGCUCUGCGACUGCGGCAUGGACCCCGACAUCGCCGUCGAGAGGCUCAUCUCGCAAGAUACUUUUCAUGAAGUGAGGAGAAAGCGGGACAAGAAAAAGGAGACUAAAGCUUCUCAGGAAUCAAGACCUCGAUCAUUCCAGAAACCUAUGAAUCGAGGAUACAAGGCUGGUUCUGAUCGAAGUGGGCGAGCAGACUCAAUGGGUGUUUCCAAAGGCCCUAUCAAGAAAGAACCAGAAUUACAUGCUCCGCUUAACUCAUCGGCCUUGGAUGUCAGGACAAGCAAUCCUACAGAAACAAUUUCUGCUACAGGCAAUGUUGCCCAAGCUGAUGCAAAGAACACCACUCAGCCUCCAUCUCAAGUGCAGCAUGGUUGGGGUGGUAUUCCAGGUCGUCCUUCCUUGGCUGAAAUAGUGAAGAUGGGCAGGCCUCAAGCUAAAAGUGGGAGCAGAUCUGCUGCAAGUAGCACAGCCAUGCCAGCUGUUGGUGAUUCAGUCAUUUCCAAUACACCAAGUCAUACACCCAAGGAAUACAACAGAUCUGCUUUCGCAUCAGAACCAAAUGGUGCUGUUGAGGUGCACUCUGUACCUAAAGAUGCCUCCUCAAUUGACAUGUUACCUCCAGCAGAGGGAGCAGAUGUGCCAGCUCCUUCCAUUGAAGAUUCAUCAACGCCAGAUGUCAAUGAAGAUGGUAUUGAAAAGAGCACAAAUUUGGAGGGUAAUACAGAUAAAUCAGACUAUACUGAAGUUGCCACUCAUCAGGGUGAUGACUCGAUAGAGAAAACAGAUGACUUUCAGUCCAAUGGCCUUUCAUUUGAGCCUAACCAAAAUUUGAAUGGAGAUAUGUCUACCACGACGAAACAAUUUGACCAGUUGACUCUACACGAGGAACCAAAAUCAUCUGAUGAUAAUCCGGCAGUAAUAAUCCCUGAUCAUCUUCAGGUUUCAAAUGCUGACUGCGCACACUUGACGUUUGGUAGUUUUGUGUCUGGAACACUUGAUGCAUCUUUGACCACGAAACCUCUUGAGUGUCAUGGGGACGUUGUGGCAGCACCUGAUGACCAUUCAAUUGACCAGACAGUUGUCAGAAUCCACGAGGAUGAAAGCAAGGCGGCAGCAACUCCAGCAGCUAAUGAAUGUGUUGCUUCCGCGACAAACAGCAACAUGGAGAAUCUUGAUGUUACAUCGGUACAACAAUCUGAAGUGACGAUAGCCAAUUUCCUGGAUGUUACAAACAAUACUGAAUACAACCUAUCAGCAACCUCAGAUUAUGCAACUUCAAGUGCAGCGCUCCAAGAUUCUGCUUCACACAAUUACCUGCAGGAAAACCGACAAUUCCAGAAUUUAUCUCCUUUAUCAAGCUUUAUGCAAAUACAAAAUGGUCUCCUGCCACCAGCGAUCCCACCAUUGCGCGAAUUUGAUCCAGCUUUCUCACUAUUGCUCACUAACCCUCCUAUGAUGCAUGGUACGUCGUCAUCGUCCAUGAACAAUGCAACUGUUUCUACGCAGCCCCAAGAGAGUGCCAAUUCAGUUGGGUUACCCAACCCACAAUUGACUCAAUCUCAGCCAAGCACAAGCAUUGCGUCAGGGCCUCCUCUCCCUCAACAUCUUCUUCAUCCCUAUGCUCAAGCAACUCUUCCUCUUGGGUAUGCAGGCAUGAUUGGCUAUCCAUCUCUGCCCCCAAGUUAUGCAUAUAUCCAGCCUGCUGCUUUUCAGCAACCAUAUAUGAGCAAUAUGUUCCACCAAGCAGCAGCUGCAGUUCCCAACUCGAGUGUGAAAUACCCUCUACCACAGUACAAAGCUCUAGCUAGCUUACCACAGCCAGCCUCUUUGCUCUCAAGCUAUGUUGGAGGCUUUGGAACUGCAAACAACAUGCCAGGAAAUUUCCCUGUGAACCAAAGCACAGCAUCAGCGACCACAACUCUUGGGUUCGAUGGAUCAGUGCCUCCACAUUACAAAGAGGGAAAUCAGUUUAUUUCUCUUCAGCAGCAGAAUGAGAACCCUGCAAUGUGGAUGCAUGGAGCUGGUUCACGAGGAAUGCCCCCACUUGCAGCCAGUACCUUGUAUGGCUAUCAAGGGCAGAGUCAUCAGGCCGGGCUUCGGCAGGGCCAGCUACCUUCGCAGUUUGGCACCGCACUUGGGCAGUCACAGCCAGGCCUGGGCCCAGAACACCGAAACCCCAGUGAUGGCAACCUAAGUGCUGCUGCACAGGCUAACCCAAUGUGGCCUAGCUAUUGAUCCAUCCCUUGUCAACCUGAAGGUGGCGGCUUCUGUUGUGUGCGCGGAUGCUAGAGAUGGCAUCCAAUGGCUUUUGGCCUGAUCCAGGCAGACGGAUAGCAGCUGUGUACAUGAGUUGCUAUCGUGACAUUUUGAGCCCGAGAGAUACAUGUUGGAAACUUGUAGCGUUUCUUAGGAUAUGGGCAAGGUUGUAGUUCGAUCUAUUUAUUCAAAUUCUGAUAGAAAAGGAUCGUUCUUUUUCUAUUUUUUUUCUUUUUUUGCUGUCUACAUAUCUUGUGACAAUAAACCUGAAAUAUCUAACACAGCAGCACCAUUAAUUUUCGAGGAAGCAAAAGAGGAGCCUAGAUUACAUCACCGGCA